AUGUUUCAUUUCACCAUAUUUGAAAAAUACUUUUCAUAUUUCCCUUCUUCCUUCCUUCUUCCUUCGUCCGGUGACACCAACCACCGCCGCCCUACCACCGGCAAACAACGUUACUCCAACGACUUUCCACCACCAGCACCACCUCCUCUGUUCACUUCGGCCGCCGUCUCCUCAGUUCACUUCUGCUACCGUCAUCUCCGAUCUCCGAUAAACCACCAAAUUUGCAUCAGAUCUGACUUGAUUUACAUCAGAUUUCAUCAGAUCGUGAUCUCGAAACCUCCACCACGAAUCAGAUCUAGAUCUAAAAAUCACCACCACUAA